CACCGAUAUGUCUACGGUGUUGAUAGGGCUAUUGUACACCACUGCGCACUCGCUCACACCGCUACAAGGCAUUGCAUCAUACUUAAUGAUCCAUUGGACCUGCCAGCCUUAGAUCCCUUGCAACACCACCCCCUUAUGUCAAGCGGUGUUGACGUCCAGAGGCGUCCCAAAAUUUGGUCAUAUUUCAGUUUCAACUCCGCACCGCGUCGUCGAGUGUCCGUUUCACUCCCCACCUCUAAGAACGCAGACCGGGAGGAAGAUCCUUACGAUCCCUACGAGAAGAAAGGCAGACACCGUUCAGGCUCAGCAGGCCUCAUGAACGAGUUCAAGGCUAUGAAUCAGGGGCAAAGGAAUAGAUAUUUGAAAGCUGGAGGCUUGCUCGCGUUCAUACUCAUCAUCUUUUACUUUCUCGCUCCAAGCCGAGCUGCCUUAGGUGGCCAGUCCCAUGGUGAUGUUGCCUCGGAUCCCUCAGUCGCCACGGAAAAAUGUAUACGAUCAUACUCCUCGGAUAAACCUCUCAUUCAGUAUGCGCUUAUGAUUGACGCUGGUAGCACGGGUUCACGUAUUCACGUGUACCGUUUCAACAACUGCGGUCCCACCCCAGAACUCGAAAAGGAAUUCUUUGAGAUGACGGCAAAGAAAGAGGGUGGCUCAGGCUUAAGUUCCUAUGACACCGACGCCGAGGGUGCUGCGAGAAGCUUGGACCCAUUGAUGAAGGUUGCUAUGGACAAUGUGCCAGAUAAACUCAAGGGUUGCACUCCUGUCGCAGUGAAAGCCACUGCCGGUUUACGCAAGCUCGGCGAAGAGAAGAGCAGCAAGAUACUUGCUGCUGUCCGCAAGCACCUUGAGGAUGACUUUCCCUUCCCUGUCGUCUCAGAAGAACAGGGUGGCGUCCAGGUCAUGGAGGGCAAGGACGAAGGUGUUUACGCUUGGAUCACAAUCAAUUAUCUACUUGGUAAAAUUGGCGGCCCGGAUAAGACACCAAGCGCCGCGAUUCUGGAUCUAGGAGGUGGUUCUACUCAGAUCGUCUUUGAGCCCACGUUCAAAGAGGCUAUGCCCGACAAAUUGGAAGAAGGGGACCACAAGUACGCUCUCUCUUUCGGUGGUCGUGAGUUUGAGCUCUACCAACAUUCUUAUCUGGGUUACGGUUUGAUGGAGGCUCGCAACAAGCUUAAUGCUCUUGUAUUAAACAAAGCAUAUGAAAAGAACGUUGGCCCCAACAAAGAAUGGCUCAAUAUGCCCAUAACAAACCCUUGUUUCAUCCCCGGCAUGUCAAAAGACGUCAAGAUUGAACUCGACGAAAACCACCCACUUGGGCCACAAGUUAGCGUCACCAUGACUGGCCCUAAAACUGGAUCAUCACAGUAUUGCCGCAAAUUGGCGGAAGACAUUCUAGAGAAAACAGCGGAAUGUAAACUCACUCCAUGCGCUUUCCGCGGCGUCUACCAACCGAGCCUCGCCAAAACUUUUGCUGCAAACGACGUUUACCUAGUCAGUUACUUUUACGAUCGCACCCAACCCUUGGGUAUGCCAUCAUCGUUCAGCUUAGCUGAAUUGAAGGAUCUUACAGAGCGUGUGUGUAAGGGUAAGGUUGACGACAAUUGGGAUGUCUUUGGCAUGUACCCAGAUGCGCUCAGCGAACUUGAGGACCGACCAGAUCAUUGUCUUGAUUUGAACUUCAUGAUAGCUUUACUGCAUACCGGGUAUGAAAUGCCCAUUGAUCGCGAACUCAACAUCGCAAAGAAGAUGGGCGAGAAUGAGCUUGGCUGGUGUCUAGGUGCAAGUCUUCCUUUGUUGAACAAGAGUUCAGGAUGGCAGUGCAAGAUCAAGGAGAUUACGAAAUAGACGGCAUGUGCCUUGAAUCCUUAGCGUCCGUAGCAACACAGCAUCGCACAGGCGUAUGGGAUGUGAUUUUAUCAUGGUUUUAACAGCUGAAGAAGGUACACGACAGACUGUCCGGUAUACGAGGCAAUUAUUGUGGUUGCCUCAGUAGCUGAUCGCUCUCGUAGAUGAAGUAGCACAUAUACAGAAAACGCAAAACGAACUUCCAGUUCACGCUUAGACUGAAUCAUGGCGCGCAUCUAAGGAGUUGUACAGAUGUGACACAUGUCACCUUAGAAUUGUAGACUCCCUG